AUGGCCACACAUGAAACUGGCGAAGCUGUAUGUAAAGACCAAGAUGGUGCGGAUCAAUUACACACACAUGACGAACACGAGGAUGAACAUGGUUCGUCCUCUUCAUCGCACCGCGCCGGACCGGAAUCAGACUCUACUCACGAGGAAGAGAAGAUUGGAACACCGAGUGAUCUUAAGAUGAAGAAGAAGAUCGAGCUUCAAGACCAAACGAACAUUCUUCCUGCGAAACAGAUCAUACUGGUCAUGGGAGGUCUGUCGUGUGGUCUUUUCUGCAGUUUGUUAGAUCAGACAAUCGUCACCACUGCUUUACCGACCCUUGGUAGAGUUUUCAAUCGGGCAGAUAUCUCGACGUGGGUGGGCACAGCCUACUUAUUGACAUCUACGGCAAUGCAACCUAUCUAUGGCCGGUUGUCAGAUAUUUUCGGUCGCAAGAUUAUCCUCCUUUCGUCCAUCUUUGUCUUCUUCUGUGGUUCCUUGGGAGCUGCUUUAUCUCGCAGCAUGAUCAUGCUGAUAGUCUUCCGGGCCGUUACAGGUAUUGGCGGUGGGGGUAUCCUCACUCUCACCAUGAUCAUUGUCUCCGAUGUCGUCACACUUCGCGAGCGAGGCAAAUACCAGGGGAUCUUGGGUGGAGUCGUGGCUUGCUCAAACGCUCUUGGGCCGUUACUCGGAGGAAUCUUCACCGAAUCUGUAUCAUGGCGAUGGUGCUUCUACAUCAACCUGCCUCUGACUGGCUUCGCAGCGCUCAUCGUCUUUUUUGUCCUCCCUCUCAAACGUGUCAACGGUUCCGUGGUCGAAAAAUUGAGGAAACUCGACUGGUACGGGUCAGUUUUAACGCUCGCUUGGGCAGUGCUAGUCCUCGUUGCUCUCUCUUGGGCUGGCAACAAGUACGCCUGGGACUCGGCUGGCGUUCUCGCACCUCUCAUCAUUGGAGUAUGCCUUCUUGGCGUGUUCAUAUAUGUCGAGGCUCGAUUGGUCCCUUUACCACUCAUUUCGUUCCGCAUAUUCAAGACGCCAACGGUCAGCGCGUGUAUGUGUACCUCGUUCUUCAAUGGUGUCUCCUUCUAUGGCACUCUGUACUACCUCCCACAGUACUACCAGAUCGUUCGAGGCGACUCAGCGAUCCGCUCCGGAGUGUUGCUUCUUCCUCUGAUCUUGACUCAAACGGUCACGUCGUUUACCACUGGUUACGUUCAAAGCAAGACAGGAGACUACUGGUACAAUCUUGUCAUGGGAUUCUCCAUAUGGACCAUCGCGCUUGGGCUUCUAUCGACCCUGGGACCCGACACGAGUUUGGGUAAAUUGAUUGGCUUCCAGAUACUCAAUGGAAUUGGUGCCGGUCAGACUUUCCAAACCAGUCUCAUGGCCAUCCAAGCAUCCGUCGCGAGGAAAGAUAUGGCAACUGCCACUGGCUUGCGAAACUUUAUCCGAAUGCUCGGAGGCACGCUUGGUCUGGCAAUCUGCUCCGUCUUGGUCAACAACAUUGCUCGAAAGGAUCUUAGUGGGAGUGGAUUGAGCAGCGAUGAAAUCACAAGCAUAUUAAAUGAUCCGACCAGUAGAGGGACUUUGUCGGCGGCAAUGAAGCAGCGAGUCAUUCACGCAUAUGGUGACCCAGCCCGCGGUAUACAGACCUGUUUCCACUUUAUGAUACCUUGUGCCGGUAUCUCUGUGCUUCUCGUCGUAUUCUUUGUCAAGAAGGUGUCGUUGAAGCGUGACGAUGACGCGCAGCGUAAAGCAGAAGGCAAAGCCUGGGUCGAGGCUCGCAAGGCGAAGAAAGAGGCGAAGAAGCAUCACACUACUCUAGAAAAGAUAGAAAACGGUGUUGAAGCAUCCGGUCGUGGGAUGGAAGAGGCCGCGGGUGUCAUACCUCCGCGAGGUGAAGAGCCCAUCGGAAACAGCACUGGCGAAAAGCCCGCCAACGAUAGAUGA